AGCACGUCAUCAUGCAAAGCCAUUAAUCCCCCCACGUCCAUCUCAUGCGCGUAACAUCACCUUGUCGACAUGCAAAAUUUUCCCCCACUCCGGAACUUAAGCAUUACCUUUAGCUUCAGAUUUCAAGCACCAGAAGCCAAUGGUGUAUUGAAGGUGCUUGGGCUUUUCCUUUCCUCUUCUUCCAAACUUUCCCAACCAAUUCUCCACCUACUUAUAACAGAAAAAAGAAUGGUGGGUUUUUCCCUUUUUACAUAAAAAACGGGAGAAAAACCCGUUUGACCAUCACCAAAAUCUCCUCCUCCAAACACCGGCGGCGCCACAACCCCCACGUGAAUGGGUGGUUGAUUUGUUUUUAAGGAGUUUUGUUUCGGUGUUAGGUCCGCUUUGGCCAUGGCGGACAUCGUGAAGGAGAUCCUGGCGAGACCAAUACAAUUGGCGGACCAGGUGGGGAAGAUUUCUGAGGAGGCACAAUCAUUCAAACAAGAUUGCUUAGAGCUCAAAGCAAAGACAGAGAAGCUGGCAGGCCUGUUGCGCCAGGCGGCGCGUGCAAGCAACGACCUCUAUGAGCGUCCAACCCGCCGCAUCAUCGACGACACAGAGCAGGUCCUCGACAAAACACUUGCGCUCGUAAUCAAGUGCCGCGCCAAUGGCAUCAUGAAGCGGGUCUUCACCAUUAUACCCGCCGCAGCGUUUCGGAAAACGUCGAUGCAACUAGAGAAUUCAAUCGGCGACGUGUCGUGGCUCCUCCGAGUUUCCGCCUCUGCGGAUGAUCGCGACGAUGAGUAUCUGGGUCUUCCUCCAAUAGCAGCCAACGAGCCAAUUCUCUGCCUCAUAUGGGAACAAAUUGCGAUUCUACACAAUGGGAAAUCGUUAGAGGAGCGCUCCGACGCAGCUGCCUCUUUGGUUUCAUUGGCUCGGGAUAAUGAUCGAUAUGGUAAGCUUAUUAUUGAGGAAGGUGGGCUUAUAGGGCUUCUGAAAUUGGCUAAAGAAGGGCGCAUGGAAGGCCAGGAGAAUGCUGCCAGAGCCAUUGGGUUGCUCGGCCGUGACCCAGAAAGCGUCGAACACAUUGUGAAUGCUGGAGUCUGCUCUGUGUUUGCAAAAAUCCUCAAAGAAGGCCACAUGAAGGUUCAGGCUGUGGUGGCAUGGGCAAUCUCGGAAUUAGCUGGGAAUCACACCAAAUGCCAGGACCAUUUUGCGCAGAACAACGCAAUUCGGUUGCUUGUUAGCCAUAUUGCCUUUGAGACCAUUCAAGAACAUAGUAAGUAUACGAUUCCCAGCAAACAACAAAUGUCAAUUCAUUCGGUUGUCAUGGCGAGUAAUAACCCGAACCCAAAUGAUAAAAAGGAACAAUUACAUGAUCAAGACUAUGACAAGCAAACCAAUGCUCGAAUUCCUCACCCAUUGGGCAACCAAAUUCCGAGCCAGAUGCACAAUGUGGUUACUAACACCUUGGCCAUGAAGCCAAAUACAUCGCAAAACCAAAACCCAUCAACACAAACUCACAGCAAUGAAAAAAAGCAUCACAUUCACAAUCACCAGCAGCAGCAGCAGCACGUUUCGCUAUCGGGAACUAGCAUUAAGGGGAGGGAGCUUGAAGAUCCGUCUACAAAAGCCCAGAUGAAGGCAAUGGCGGCAAGAGCCCUUUGGCAGCUGUCCAAAGGAAAUGUAUCUAUUUGUCGGAACAUCACCGAAUCAAGAGCGCUUUUGUGUUUUGCGGUUUUGUUGGAAAAAGGGGCUGAUGAUGUUCAAUCCUAUUCGGCCAUGGCAUUGGCUGAGAUCACGGCUGUGGCAGAGCAAAAUUCUGAGCUGAGGCGCUCUGCUUUCAAGCCUACUUCCCCUGCUGCCAAAGCUGUAGUUGAACAAUUGCUCAAAAUUAUAGAGGUGGCUAACUCCGACCUCCUCGUACCAUGCAUCAAAUCUGUUGGAAACUUGGCAAGGACUUUCCGAGCAACUGAAACAAGAAUCAUUGGGCCGCUUGUGAGGCUGCUCGACGAAAGGGAAGCUGAGAUUUCUAUGGAGGCUGCCAUUGCACUUAACAAGUUUGCUUGCACUGAAAAUUUCCUCCAUGAUUAUCACUGCAAAGCCAUCAUAGAUGCAGGAGGAGCCAAGCACUUAAUUCAAUUGAUUUACUUUGGUGAACAGAUGGUCCAACUUCCUGCAUUGGUUCUUCUAUGUUACAUUGCAUUGCAUGUUCCUGACAGUGAGACACUUGCACAAGAAGAGGUGCUUAUUGUGCUUGAGUGGUCAUCAAAGCAGGCGCAUCUGGUUGAAGAACCUUCUAUUGAAUCACUACUACCCGAAGCCAAAAGUAGGUUGGAACUCUAUCAAUCCAGAGGUUCAAGAGGAUUCCAUUAAUUAGCUACAAUGUUGCCAAGAACAAUUCGAAAAGCUUUUUGUUUUGUUUCUGUCAUUUUCAUAAGAUGUAUAUAAAUUAGCAUUGCUGCAAUCAUCACUGUUGUGCCAUUUGUAGUACAUUCUUCCUUCUCUUGUUUUUCUUCCAUUCUCCAUAAUAUUG